UUCCGGGCCACUUGCUUUACACCAUUACACAAGAUGGCGGCCUGCUUUACGCUCCGGUCCACCGUGCUCCGCAGGGCGCUGCGAGGAGCUCUCAGCCUGCACGGCCAUACACCGGGACUUCCUAACGCCACUGCCAGGCUCAGGUUGGUCUGUAACGCAGCCGCAGAAGAAAAAAAGUCGGUGAUACUAGAGUCUACGGAGGAAUACAAAUUCGUAGAGCGGCUCAUCCCACCGUCACGGGUUCCCACUCCUCCUAAACACGCCGGUCCCACCCCGUCUGGCUGGACCCCUCCUGCAGAUCUCCUCCCGUCUCUGCCGUACAUGAUCCGCCGCUCCCGCAUGCACAACAUCCCGGUCUACACCGACCUGACCCACGGAAGCCGCAGGACAACGCUCGUACGAAAAGUGGAGGGGGACAUUUGGGCUCUGGAGAAGGACGUGAAGCAGUACCUGAAGGAGGUGACAGGGAAGGAGCUGCCCACACAGGUCAAUGAGGUCACCAUGACCCUGACGGUUAAAGGUCACUUCGAUAAGGAGCUGAAGGAAUGGUUGGCCAACAAAGGCUUCUGACUGGAGGGUGGUGAGGUGGCACAGAGCUGCCAGGACUGUCACAGCAUUGAGUUUGGGGGCAGGACAGCUGUCCAUGUGAUGAUGGAGAGGACAACUUAGCAUCUGCUGGCUCAUCAAAACCUUGAAACACUCUCUCAGUACUUACAAAGCUGUUUCAACUUUACAACUUUUGAUUACUGCGCCUUCAAUUAACUCUUUCACACCAGAGAUAUUGAAGCUAUGGGAUCACAUAGUGUUAGAUGCUGAACAUACUUGUAUGUAAUGAAUGGAACAUUAAAUGUCACAGCUUAGCCCA